GUUGGAUUAGUUAUCUAGGAUGUCUAAUCCAGUUCAAUUAGUGUUUAUAUACUUUGUUUAAGUUAUGGUAUUACUCGCUAAUUUACACGAUUGUGAGUGAGUGCUCUUAUUUUGACUAAUUCUAUUGGCAAAGUUAGUGCGGAUAGUUAAAAUGACAUAUAUUAGAGAAAAAUAAGAUGUUCCCUCAUAAAUAGAGAAAAAUAACACAAAUAGGUUGGUGGGAAAACCACACUUGACUAUAUUUGAACAUAAGAAAUCAGUAGUGGAAAAUUUAAAAGAAACUCAUAUUGAAUAUUUUAUUUAUUUUGACUAAAUUAAAAUAAUAGUGAAUGUUUAAAUACUUCAACAUCAACAUCUUGUAGAAGAGUAACACACAUAUGGCCAAGUCACACAUAUAAUGCGUCUCCAUCUCAAUUGUCACCACUUCAAAAACGCAUUUAGAGAUGGAGAUGUCAAGUCAUGGAGGGAUUCAUUUUCCAAUCCUAUAAGGUUAUAAAUGGAGAAGAUUAACAUACACAAUGGAACAACAUAAAAUUUGAUAGAAAAACCAAAGCUCUCUCACAAUGGAACACAACAUUUUUACUGUUGCUAUUAAAUUCCAUCUAGUGCUUACAAUUCUCACACUUGAAUCCAUUCAGCUGAGUUUUAGCCUUGCCAAUCUUGAUGGCGAUCGUGAUCAUGGUGUUGUUGGUUGCUUGAAAAUGGAGAGGAAAGCUCUCCUCGAAUUCAAACAAGGCCUAAAAGAUCCUUCAAACCAACUCUCAUCAUGGGUUGGAGAAGAUUGCUGCAAAUGGAGAGGUGUAGGCUGCAACAAUAUAACAAGACGAGUGGUCCAGCUCGAUCUUCGCUACAUGAAUUCAAACGACAUGGAUUUGCAGGGUGAUGGAGAAGCAGUCGAGUAUCCAAUAGGCGGUGAGAUCAACCCUUCUCUUCUUAUUUUGAAAGAUUUAAGUUACUUAGAUUUGAGCAUGAAUGAUUUUGGAGGUGUCCAAAUUCCACACUUCCUUGGCUCACUAGUGAAACUUGAGUAUCUGAAUCUUUCUGGUGCAAACUUUGGGGGAGCCAUUCCACCAAGCCUUGGAAAUCUCUCGAGAUUGAGUUAUUUUGAUCUCAACAAUGUUUACUUACAGUCAAAUGAAAGUGAACUCCAUUGGAUUUCUAAUCUUUCUUCUCUAAAGUACCUUAAUCUAAAUGGCUGGAACUUGGAAAAGGCUAAUACAUAUUGGCUUCAAGCUGUUAAUAUGAUCCCUUCACUUCUUGAGUUACACUUGUCCAGUUGUAGCAUUUCUAACAUGCCUCCAACUCUUCCUUUUGUCAAUUUCACUUCUCUUUCAGUCAUUGAUCUGUCAAAUAAUGUCUUCAACACAAAAAUCCCAACUUGGCUAUUCAGUCUCAAUAGUCUAAUCUAUCUAGAUUUAAACUCCAACAAUUUCAAAGGAGUACUUCCUGAUGCAAUUACUAAUAUAACUUCACUGCAUACACUUCACUUGCAUGAGAAUAGCCUAGAAGGUCAAUUGUCAAGAAACUUGGGGAAGUUGUGUAAUUUGCAAACUUUGAAACUUUCUGGAAACAAAUUUAUUGGGGAAAUAAGUUAUUUCAUCAAUGAUUUGUCUAGAUGCUCCAACAAUAGCUUAGAGGCAUUAGAUUUAGGAUUCAAUGCACUCACAGGCUAUCUACCAGAAUCUUUAGGAUUCAUCAAAAGUUUAAAGUCCAUUCUACUAUGGCAUAACUCAUUUCAAGGUUCAAUUCCAGCAUCCAUUGGAAACUUAUCAUGUGUGAAGGAAAUUUACCUGUCAAAUAAUCAAUUGAGUGGAAACAUUCCAAUAAGUCUAGGCCAACUUUCAACACUGGUUGUGUUAGAGAUAAAGGACAACAAUUUUGAAGGUGUCAUAACUGAAGCCCAUUUGGCAAAUCUUUCAAGCUUGAAUGAGCUAACAAUUUAUAAAGAUUCCCCAAAUGUUACUUUGAUCUUCAACAUCAGCUCAAAUUGGAUACCUCCAUUUCAACUCACAUAUAUUGAAAUUAGAUCCUGUCAAUUGGGUCCUAACUUUCCACCCUGGCUUAAAAGUCAAAACAAGUUGGCCACAGUGGUACUCAAUAAUGCUAGGAUUUCAGGGGUCAUUCCAAAUUGGUUUUGGCAACUCAAUUUGCAACUAGACAAAUUUGAUGUUGCUUAUAAUCAACUAAGUGGUAGGGUCCCAAACACACUAAGAUUUAAUAAUCCUUCCACUGUUGACUUGAGCUCAAACCUUUAUGAGGGUCCCCUACCCUUAUGGUCAUCCAAUAUUACCAUGUUGUACUUGAGGGAUAAUCAUUUUUCUGGCCCAAUUCCUCCAAAUAUAGGUGAAGUGAUGCCUUUUCUCUCAGAUUUAGACAUCUCCAUAAACUCUCUCACAGGAACCAUUCCCUUGUCCAUCAGUAAGAUAACAGGAUUGACAACCUUGGUGAUCUCAAAUAAUAAGCUCUCUGGUAAAAUUCCUGAUUUCUGGAAUGACUUAUCAUUCUUGUACAUACUGGAUGUGUCAAAUAACAGUCUUUCUGGUACCAUACCAAGUUCAAUAGGUUUCCUUAACAAUAUCAGAUUUUUGGUAUUGUCAAAGAACAACUUCUCAGGUGAACUUCCAUCUUCCUUGAAAAAUUGCAGUGAGUUAAUUAGUCUUGAUCUAAGUGAGAAUAAGUUUUUUGGAGAAAUUCCAACUUGGCUAGGAGAAAAAUAUAUGAGGUCUUUGUUGAUUUUAAGCCUGAGGUCCAACUCCUUCACUGGAAUCAUCCCAACACAACUGUGUACCCUUUCAACUCUUCAUAUAUUGGACUUUUCACACAACAACAUUUCUGGCCAUAUUCCCAAAUGCAUUGGAAAUUUGAAUGGAUUGAAGUCUGAACUGACAGAAAAUGAUAUAACAUACCAAGGAAAAUUGCAAAUAGUAGCAAAAGGAAAAAAGCUAGAAUAUGACUUCAUUCUAUACCUGGUCAACAGUUUAGAUCUCUCUGAUAAUAACUUAUCAGGAGAAAUACCUAUGGAGUUAACAAGAUUAAUACUAUUAGGCACUUUAAACCUAUCCAUGAAUCAUUUGACAGGAAACAUACCAUCCAUGAUUGGAGAUUGUGAAAAGCUUGAAACUUUAGAUCUUUCAAUGAACAAUCUUUCAGGCCCAAUACCACAGAGCAUGUCUUCAUUAACAUUUCUGAACCAUUUGAACCUUUCAUACAAUAACUUGUCAGGGAAUAUUCCAACAAAGAACCAGUUUCAGACCCUUAAUGAUGCAUCCAUGUAUGAAGGAAAUCCAAGCCUUUGUGGUGACCCUUUGCCAAGAAAAUGUGAUGAGAGUGACCAACAUCCUCAAACUCCAGAAGAAGAUAGUGAAGAAAAAGAUGGUGGGCUUGGUCAUGUGUUUGAAAAAAUGGGUUUUGUGAUAUGCACUGUUAUGGGUUUCGUUGUGGGAUUUUGGGUUGUUUUGGGUAGUUUGAUUGUGAAGAGGACUUGGAGAAUGGCCUAUUUUAACUUUGUUGACAGAGUGAAGGAGAGAUUCCUGGAGUUUUUGCUGCCAUUGUUUAUCAAAAAGAAAAUGCCUUGGGAUUGAAAAUAACAUCAAUUAUGAAAUAAUGUAAAAAUAAAAAACUAUUCAGUUAUUUACUUUCAUGCUUCUCUC